AUGAAGAUCUUCGUUCAAAAUAUUGCGCUCUUCGUCGCAACGGUCGCCGCGCAUGGCGUCAUCAGAAAUCCUCCUUCUCGAGUGUUAGGGCCGUCGAUGACGCGCUUGUGUGGGCAGACUGCUUUCGAUAUUGCUAAAGGCGAUGUCACUGCGUCCCUGGAGACCGUCGCCCCGAACAUCACGGCUGGAUGCCCCCUCACUCUUUGUCGCGGACACCAGUUCGAUGACAACCUGGACAAACUUUCCGUAUUCAGGCCUGGCCAAAUCGUCCCUAUGAAGAUUGAACUUAGUAUUUUACAUGGUGGACCAGCGAACGUGUCUAUUGUGAAAACAUCAACCAACAGCGUGAUCGGGCCUCCGCUCAUCUUUUUCGACGAUUAUGGUAACAGAGACCUGCCCGCGCUGCCGCCGAACAACACAGACUUCGCCGUCACAAUGCCCACCAACCUAGCAGACACGGACUGUCGUGUGGCCGGGGACUGCGCUUUACAAUGGUUCUGGUCUACGAUCGACAAUCAGACUUAUGUGGGCUGUUCAGAUUUUAUCUUAUUUGGACAUUAA